AUGCGUAGACCAAUAUUGGAUCAUGAUAUCAGUCAUUGGACUAGAGGUGGUGUAAGAGAUGGUGUUAGAGGUGUUAAGACAUUUGGUGGAGUUGAGGACGGUGGAAUGGCUCAAGUUGAAGAGGAGGAUCCACCUCAGACUGAGACACAAGAUGGGGUUGGAGAAAUUAUCCAUGAGACACAGCCAGAAAGUGAAGAAGAAGAAGAAGAAGAAGGCAUUAAUGAAACCCAAGAAUUACCACUACACCUUAUGAUUGUGAAAAGAAUAAGGCUUUAUGAGAGGAUUGUCAAAACCAAGCUGAAGAAGAUAGGAUGUGUUGGGACUUCUGCAAAUUCAGUGUUGGAGUUGGAUUAG